CAGCUAAUUUAAUUUGGGCGGGUACAUAUCAACGCAUCAGCGGAGCGAUCAUGGCCAAACCGUAUAUAAAAGCCGAAUUUCGGGAGGCUAGCUUGUUCAGUCUAAUCUGGAAGUUCUUAGAGCACACAUUCGAUGUCCUCCAUUGGCAAUGAUACACAAAUUGGAAGAUAUUCGUACCCGUUUGCAGAUUUGGUUGAUAAGCGGACGAAGGAUUGGCCCCUGGUAGAUUCCCCAUGGAAUGUGCCCGUCCUGCUGGCCUGCUAUUUACUGAUGGUGGGCUACGGACCCAAGUGGAUAGCCAGGUAUAAGCCGCUGCAGCUGCGAGUGCCAUUGUUCUGCCACAGUUUGGCCAUGGUCCUCCUGAAUGCCCACAUCUGCAUGGAGCUCUUCACAGCUUCAAGAGCCCUCGACUAUAGCUUCAAGUGUCAGCCGUGUCGUGUGAGCUACAAUCCAAAUGAAAUCCGGAUGGCAGCGGCUUUUUGGUGGUUCUAUAUUUCAAAAAUACUGGAAUUCGCCGACACGGCCUUUUUUAUUCUGCGCCACAAAUGGAUGCAGCUUAGCUUCCUGCAUGUGUACCAUCAUAGCACCAUGUUUAUCUUCUGCUGGGUAUUUAUCAAGUGGAUGCCGACGGGAUCAGUUUAUGUGCCAACCAUUAUAAACUCGUUUGUACACGUCAUUAUGUAUAGCUAUUAUGCGCUGAGUGUGCUGGGUCCUCGCGUCCAGAAGUUCUUGUGGUGGAAGCGUUAUCUAACUGCCCUCCAGUUGGUGCAGUUUACCAUUGUCCUGCUCUGGGCAUUACAGAUGGUUAUUCAGGGCUGCAAGUUCGGAACCUGGAUAAGUGCAGUUGGUGCCGCCUAUAUGGUGCCUUUCCUCUUUAUGUUCGGAAAAUUCUAUGUCCAAAAAUACAGAGUGUCAACUAAUAAAUCCAAGUAAAAAAAAGCUAAACACAAAAUGGCAUUUGUCAAUUGCUUCAUUUUUAAGUUGUCAAAAAAU